AUGGCUAAUGUAUGGCAGGCAAAGAAACUAGGUGCAUGGGGCAGCGACAGCUCUCUCCUAAAGAAAAAAGGAAUCACAUCUGCUUCUCCAGCAUCGAAUAGUAAUAGCAAUAGUAAUAGUAAUAGUAAUAGCAGCAGCACGAUUGCGAGUACCAAAAGUAGUGUGGUAGCUGAACCCCAUGGUGAAACAAAAAACGGAAAGAAGAAGCACAACCAUGGACACAGUAAUAACCAUAGUAAUGGCCAUGGCAAUGGCCAUAACAAUGGAGAAUCGCCAGUUACCAGGCCUGCUUUUAACACCAGUGAAGUAAAAAGAUUUUUGGCCUCGCAGUUCGAACAACAAUCGAAAUCUUCAGUGACGCUGGUAAUCGAGGAUUCGAAGGACUGGAAUACUGCGCAGUCCAAGGCCCGCAAAUCGAAAAAGUACGGCUGUCUCUCGGAACUCGAGCGCGUGUUGAAAUAG